AUGUUUCACAAUAAUAAUAAUAGUAACCGAAUGGUUAUUAAAUUUAUAUUGAUUCUUUGUUUAUCACCAUCAUCACUUAUAUCAUUAUUGUCUAUGUUUGUUUUAAAUUCAUGUGAAGCAUAUUAUUUACCAGUGAAAUAUAAUUUUGAUCAUGAUUUAAUUGAUUAUUUAACAAAUGUGAGUGAAUUAAAAUAUUAUCCACGUCAAACAAGAUCAUUUUACUCACGAGAAGAACUGGCACGUUAUUUAAAUCAUAUGUUACAAGAAGAGGAAGCAUCUAUGAACAAACUGCCGAUUUCUCCUUUACGAUUUGGAUAAUAAGGUUAAUAGAAUCAAGAAUAGAACUAAAUUAAACUUUAUGUUCAAUUAAUUGUGAAUGUUAUGAUAAAGGAAAUAAAACGAUUAUUCAUUUGGUAUUUGAUUCACUUUAUAUGAUAGUUCUUGAGACCUAUAUAAUCAGGGUCGAUUUCUAUAUAUUAGAUAUGAGAAUUUUUAGUUUGUUAAGCUUUGAUUUAUUUUCUUUCUAAAAGAUUAUUUAAAGAUAUGGAUGCAUAAUAGUAUUGUAUAUCGAUUUCUGUGUUAAGCAU